UUUUCGUCCCAAGUAGCUUUCCAUCAGCUUUGAACCAAGUCUAAGGCAUGCGAGUGUGUUUCUGCCAGAGUUCAAAAGCAGCCUCGUUCCUUUCUCUGCCAGCCGUAAACACUCCAAGCUCUGCCACGUGCCUCCACACGGCGGUUUCCGGGUGUUCGCCCAUGUUGGGGGACUUCUGGGAUCUCUCCCAGGGGCAUUGCCUCUAUGUUCUGCCGAAUGGAUCCGCAAGACCGGUGAAUGUGCAGGUCAAUGAGGCAGCUGUGGUGCUCAAAUUCUCUGAUGGGCUUUCGGAGCAGGACACCGGCAUGAGGUGCUGCUGCCGAGGGAAAAGACCAGACGAGAGCAAGGUGACCAAGGAAUUAAAGAUCCCGGAUCUUUUGGGUGUUGUCCUGGACCCUGAGAAAGCCCUUCUGCGCUUCGUACACUGUCCUCGACGGUCUUCCGUCCGUGUGCGAGAAGAUGUCAUCCUUCAGAUUCAGGGAGACAGUGAAGUCUUGAAGCAGACCGACAAAUGGGCCAAGGAGCUCUCCUCGAAGUGCCAUUCCAUGAAAGGCCCACGGAAAUACCGUGUCUUCAUCAAUCCCGCGAGUGGCAGUGGGCAGGCCCAGGUGAAGUGGGAGAUUGCCAAAGAGCUUUUGGAUCAGUUGCCCUGGAUCCAGCUGGAGGAGUUGAGAACCACCCACGCAGGACAAGCAGAGGAGGUGGCUGAGAAGGAGGUGAAUCCUGAGUCCUGUGAUGGCAUCAUUGUGGUGAGUGGGGAUGGCAUGGUCCACGAGGUCUUCAAUGGGCUCUCGAAGCGACCGGAUGCUGAAGCGGCUUUGAGGAAACUCCCCGUGGGCCAUAUCCCCGGUGGCAGUGGGAAUGCCUUGGCCACCAGCAUCAACCACUCUGCUGGGGAAAGCUUUGGGGCGCUGGAGGCGGCGUUCCUGAUUGCCAAGGGAAAGACACAACCCUUGGAUUUGAUGACCGUGUCGCAGCCAAGUCGACCCCUCAGAACUUCCUUCCUCUCAUUAUCUGGGGCCAUCAUCUCGGAUAUCGACCUGGGAUCAGAGUCAAUGCGCUUCUUGGGUGGUUUGCGCUUUGCUGUCUACGGAGUCUAUUGCCUUUUGAAUCCGAAGCCUCUUCAAGCAGAGCUCACCUACUGGCCAGCAACAGCCUCCACUGUUCCGGGAUCAUCACCUCCCCCGAUCGAGGAAGCCCUGCCUGAGGGGCCAUGGGUGACCAUCACGGACAGCUUCAACGUGUUUUGGGCCAUUAACAUGGCUUGGGCCUCCUUUGAUUCCCAUUUAGCACCUGGCCUUAGCAUGGGCAGUGGCACUUGGAAGCUCGCGCUCCUUCGCAACGCGAGCCGGGCCACUCUGACGAAGUUCCUGUUGAACCUAGAGAACGGUGGGCAUGUCAAUCUGGAGAAGGCGGAACUGCUAGAGUGUAAGGCCUUCCGGCUGUUGCCUCAGGGCUCCAGCGGCUCCCGUGAGCGCUUCUCCUUGGAUGGUGAGGAGGUACCCUUUGAGGGUAUCCAGCUGUGGCCCAGCCUGGGUGGACAUGUCUUAGGAGCACAACCAUUCAUCCAAAGAGAGAAUUCACCCCAUUGCUGGACGGCCAACACAUCCGUGGUGCCUGGUUCUGGUACUCGCCUGUCCAUGUUUAGUGAAAGGACCAGGAGCCUUUAGCGAGGCUCCCUGUGACGGAGUCGUUUCAGCGCUGUGAAUCCCCUGAUGGACAAAGGACGCUGUGGGAGGAGCCCAAAAUUCUGAUGAUGC